AUGGCUCUACUUCGGGUCCCCCACGGCCUUAUGGUCAUUCUUUGUGCAUUUCUUCCGUUUGCAUUCACCGCCGGAAUACCCCAUCUUUUCGGUCAAGCUGAGACUUCGCAUUCCGGCCCUACUGAAGUCACUGAUGAUUUGAACGAGAAUGGUUUGCCGACGAGCGAUGAAGAGCAUUUUCGACAGAAACGAGCUUACAACUAUCGAUACAAUUCGUGGUACAACAACGAGUGGAGUAUGGGUGGUGGGCUUCUCGUGAGACGAGAACCACCAAGCAAUUACUUAAAGAAAUGGAUCACUUAUGAGCACAAUCGCUAUCGACGAAUGGUUCCAGCCACUGAUAUGAAUAUGCUUUAUUGGUCAGAAGAGCUUGCAGCUUCAGCACAACGCCACGCGGAUACAUGCGAUUUUCGUCACUCACGCGGUCGAGUGAAUGUCGGUGAAAACAUUUGGGCAGCUCCUUACGCCAACUACUCGGACGCCAUCUCGAUCUGGUUUAAUGAGGUUCACAAUCCGUGGUGUGGAUGCAAUCACGCUUACAAACAUUGUUGUGGACACUAUAUUCAGGUUGUUUGGGCAAAGACAUCACUGGUGGGCUGUGGUUUCGCGAGAUGUCGCGACGUGCAAGGAGUUUGGGGACGCGGUCAUCGCAAUGUUUUUGUUUGUCACUACAAUCCACAAGGCAACACGGUAUACGUGACGGGAAAUGGACAGCUUUAUGCGGUUCCCGCAUUCAAAUGGGCGACUGGAGACAAAAAACGAUGCUCAGAGUGUCCAACACAUGCUCCAGCUUGUCAUCAGGGUCUUUGUUAUAUGCCAAGUGAAGGUACCAACAAUACGACUACAACCACCACAACCACAACGAAUUCCCAUUCCAAUGAAAACAACUUUGGAGACUAU